CGGAAGAUGAAAUAUUGUGUGUGAAGUAAAAUGUUUUGGAAAUUUUGACCAUUCGAGGCCGAGAUUCUAUUGUUCACUGAAAUCUGGCCUUGUUUAAGCAACUGGUUUAGGCGGACACUUUUAGCUGGCUCUAAGUGCUUGUACCAUGCCGCUCGCACGUGAUCUUUUGCACCCAUCUUUCCGGGAAGAAAAGCGAAAAUGCAAGCUUAAACGGUUGGUCCCAUCACCGAACUCCUUUUUCAUGGAUGUUAAGUGUUCUGGAUGUCUUAAAAUUCAGAUAGUUUUUAGUCAUGCUCAAACUCCAGUUGUUUGCCCUGGAUGUGAUCGGAUAUUGUGCCAACCCACGGGGGGUCGAGCACGACUAGCUGAUGGAUGUAGCUAUCGAAAGAAGACUCGGUAAACUUUUGUAUUUUCUGAUGGAUUCAAUAAACUUAUGGAAAUAACUGA